AUGAAGGUCGUUCUCACAGGCGCGACGGGCUACAUUGGCGCCGAGCUGCUCAACCAGCUGGCCCAGCACCCCGAGGUCACGUCCGUCGUCGUGCUGUCUCGCCGCCAGCUCCAGCAAACACCCGCCAGCCCUAAGGUGGCCGUCGUCAUCGUCGACGACUUUCUCAACUACGGGCCCGCGGUGUUGCAGGCCAUCGCCGGCGCUCAGGCCUGCGUAUGGUGCGUCCUCGGGAAGCCGUGGAUACCCAACAGCGAAGUCGCCAGGACUGUCUCUAUUGGCUACACCAUGACGGCGGCGAGGGCGUUUUUGGCCGAGUCUGCUGCAGCUACUACUGCUGUUGCUCAACCUGGCGGCCGCCAAGUGUUCCGUUUCGUCUACAUGAACGGCAUCGCCGCCGAGAGAGACCAGACCAAGCGGCUGUGGUAUCUGGGUGAAUACCGCCGAAUCCGGGGCCAGGUUGAAAACGAGCUCCUGGCGCUCGCUGACGCAAACCGGGACGUGCUCGAGGCUUACAUGAUGCGGCCCGGCAUGGUGACCGGAACCGCAUUCAGCGUUGUCGACUUGGCCUACAAGCUCGCGCUCCCGUCUGUCGGCAUCGUCGAGCUGGCCAAGCUCACUGUCGAGACGGCCCUGCACGGGAACAAGGAGGGCCACACCACCAUUGACAAUGCGGAAAUCGUCGCCGAGGGCAGGAAGUUCUUGUGA